UGUUCCUACAAUGAGUCUCUUAUUCCUUAUGUUACAGAUGCCUUAUUAGAAGAACUGGAAAACUCCACUCUGCGGGACAGUGAUGAAUAUUCCAACCCAGCCUCUCCUGUGGACCAGCAUCGCAGAAAGGAGACUAACCUUACAGAGGCUUCUAAGGCUCUUUCUGCCCAGGAUGACACAGCUCCCAUUCAGGGGCAGCUGGUGUGUACGAGCAAUAUCCAGGAGCCCAAUGUGUACAGUGAGGUCAAAGAGCAGAAUAAAUCGACACCACUUCCCAAAACCUCAGCAGCUGCUCAGCUGGACGAACUCAUGGCCCACCUGUGUGAGAUGCAGGCCCAGGUGGAGGUGAAAGCAGAGGUGGGCCAGAAACACCAACUGGACAAGCCAGAUCACAAGGCCUCCCUGGACUCCAUGCUGGGGAAUUUGGAGCAGGACUUACAAGACCUUGGGAUCGCCACAGUGCCCAAGGGCCAUUGUGCUUCCUGCCAGAAACCGAUUGUGGGCAAGGUGAUCCAAGCUCUCGGGCAAGCAUGGCAUCCGGAGCACUUCAUCUGCACUCACUGCAAAAAGGAGAUCGGCGCCAGUCCCUUCUUUGAGCGGAGUGGCCUGGCUUACUGCCCCCAGGACUACCACCAGCUCUUCUCUCCACGCUGCGCCUACUGCGCCGCUCCCAUCCUGGACAAAGUGCUGACGGCAAUGGACCAGACCUGGCACCCCGAGCAUUUCUUCUGCUCUCACUGUGGAGAGGUGUUUGGCGAGGAAGGCUUUCAUGAGAAGGACAAGAAGCCAUAUUGCCGAAAGGAUUUCUUAGCCAUGUUCUCACCCAAGUGUGGAGGCUGCAACCGCCCUGUGUUGGAAAACUACCUAUCAGCCAUGAACACUGUCUGGCACCCAGAAUGCUUUGUGUGUGGGGACUGCUUCAGCAAUUUUUCUACGGGUUCCUUCUUUGAACUGGAUGGACGACCAUUCUGCGAGCUUCAUUACCAUCACCGCCGGGGAACCCUCUGCCACGGAUGUGGGCAGCCCAUCACUGGCCGCUGCAUCAGCGCCAUGGGGCACAAGUUCCACCCAGAGCACUUUGUGUGUGCUUUCUGCCUGACACAGCUGUCAAAGGGCAUCUUCAAGGAGCAGAACGACAAGACUUACUGCCAACCCUGCUUCAACAAGCUCUUCCCACUGUAAUCUUAUCCGAGCACACAGCUUCUUCACAUCCCCUAGAAAAUUUAAUCCCAAAGCUAAAAGAGUACCUUUUAGUUUGUUUAUGGUGAAAGUAAAGUGGAAGUGUUAAGCAAAAAGCACCUUCCAGACUUUGCAUGACUCAGUUAGAAAAAUGCAGCAUUACCAACUCCAUGCUAAAAAUUCCUGUCAUUAGUCAAUAAGGCGGGGUGCCAGUUACGUGUUCUCUUCGAAUCCCAACCGUGCUGGUCAAUCCCAAUUCCCCUCUGCCUCUUCUAAUCAGGUUCCGGGCUGAAAUCUGAAUCUUGCCACUAGUCCCUCCCUAGAGGUAUUGACCAUGUGCCCAUAAGCCAUUUGCCACUGAUUUCCUCAGCGCUCUCUAUUUUCAUCCCUACUUAUAUCCCCUCCCUUUGGGCUCUCCCUUUAGACUUCUCCAUUUUGCUGUGAUCCACUUUCCCACAGUUACUGCUGUGGACUUUGUCCCUGCUGUCACUCUUCAGCUCUUUUUAUCUCAUGGCCAUAUAUUUUCUUUCUCAAGGGGAAGUGGAUAUUUACUGGGCAGCUCUGCGUGCGGACAUCAGUGAUGAAUAAAAUGGCUUGCAAUCUGCAUGACUCAGUGUCCUGUUGCUUGAGGUCACCUUUCUGCUUCCCAUCUAUUUGUACAUUGCCCUACAUGACGUCAAAUUUGUGUAAUAACCCCUACUUCCUUCCACACACCAGACACUUUUUUAAUUCGAAAAAAUUAAAAGGGAAUUCCUAUUUACUAAACUUUUUUCUCUCGUUUGCAUCUACUCAUAGCAUUCAUUUUAUGUUUUUUGGACUUCGAUGAUUGAGCUAUCUAAAAAUGGCAAAGCAUUUUAAAAUUGAAUUGUUUUUAUCUCACUGUUUAAAUAAGGCAAUAAAGUGUCUCUCUCGUAGGCGUCUUGCAAAUCUAGUCUAAAGUAAGAAUAAUUAAAUGUGCAUCUUCCCCACCUCAUAAUUGUCUCAGGAAAAUAAACAAGAUGCCUAUUCUUUAGAGCAUCUCUGAAGAAAAGAUGUGUAAAAUGUCAUUUGAUCACUUUCUGGUCUGUAUUAGGAAUUCCAAACAUCAGUGGAAAUCCAAGAAAAAUCUCCGUUUAAUUGUGUGUUUCUUUUCAAAGUAGUAGAAGUGAAUUGUCAGUAAAGUUUGUCAGAUUAUUAAAUCAUCUGAUUUUUUC